AUGAGGGGCUUGAUAUUAGCCCUGUUUUUAACCCUGGUGGGGAGCCAGCAUCUUAAUUACCAACCCGAUUUCAGUGAAAACAAGGUUUAUACAUUCAGUUAUGAAAGCAUACUUCUCAGUGGACUUCCAGAGAAAGGACUUGCAAGAGCUGGAAUAAGAAUAAAAAGUAAAGUGGAAAUUAGUGGUAUUGCACCAAAACUUUGUCUUAUUAGGAUUCACUCAAUCGAAGCAGCAGAGUACAAUGGUGUCUGGCCUACAAGCUUAUUCUCUCGAUCACUCAAACUGACCCAGGUACUAACCGGACAACUGAGUAAUCCCAUCAAGUUUGAGUAUAGCAAUGGCCAUGUUGGAAACCUUAUGGCUCCUGAUUCUGUCUCGGAUGAUGGUCUGAACAUCUACAGAGGGAUUCUGAAUGUGCUGGAGCUAAGUAUAAAGAAGAUGCAGAAUUCAUACAGCUUACAGGAGGCCGGGAUUGGAGGUAUAUGCAACACAACGUACUCAAUCCAGGAAAACAAGAGAGCAAACUUAGUCUAUGUGACCAAAUCCAAGGACCUGAACAGCUGUGAAGAGAAAGUUCAAAUGGUCACAGGUUCAGCAUACACUCAUCCAUGCCAGAGCUGCCAGCAGAGAAACAAGAAUUCCCGGGCAACUGCUACUUACAAUUACAAAAUUAAAUAUACACAUAAUGAAGCUGUAAUUACACAAGCUGAUGUUGAGGAAAUCCACCAGUUUGCACCCUUCAACGAGAUAACAGGAGGAAAUGCUAUAGUAGAAGCAAGGCAGAAACUUGCUUUGACUGACGUGCAAAAGAACAUGGCAGAAAUCCCACCAAAAGAAUUCCAGAAUCGUGGGUCACUUCAGUACCAGUUUGGCAGUGAAUUGCUUCAGCUUCCUGUCCACUUAUUCAGAAUAAAAAAUGUGGAAAGCCAGAUAGAGGAAAGCCUGCAAGACCUAGUAGAGACCACAUCUGAACAGCUUCCCAGUGAUGCACCAGCAAAAGCCCUCAAGCUUAUGCACCUCUUCCGUGCAGCAAAUGAGGAGAAUUACGAGUCAGUGUGGAAGCAGUUCUCCAGUCGGCCAGUGUACAGGCGCUACAUUUUGGAUAUAAUUCCUGCAGUUGCCAGUCACCGUGCACUCAGGUUCUUGAGGCAUAAAAUUGAAAGGCAAGAGCUCACCAACUGGGAAGCAGCUCAGACAGUGCUUGUGGCUCUGCACUCAAGCACACCAACUCGGGACGUGAUGGAGGAAGCAACGCUCAUCGUGAAAAAACAUUGCCCACGCUCAAGUACUGUACUUGGAAAGGUUUGCCAUCUCAGCUACGCGUCACUGUGCCACAAACAGUGCUCUUCAUCGGACUCCUGCUCUGAAUGUCUCCAGCUGUUUCAUGGCUUUGCAGGAGAGGCAUUGAGCAAGUCUAACAUGGAAGAAAUUUGCCUGGCUUUGAAAGCCAUUGGGAAUGUAGGACAUCCAGCCAGCAUCAAGCACAUAAAGAAAUUUUUGCCAGGAUAUGCAGCCAGUGCCUCAGAUCUGCCACUCCAGGUCCAUGCGACUGCUGUGAUGGCCCUGAAAAACAUAGGCCUGAAAGACCCCAAAAUGGUCCAGGCUAUUACCCUUGAGAUUUUCCUGAAUCACAAAAUUCAUCCUCGGGUUCGAAUGUUAGCUGCAGUGGUUUUGCUUGAAACCAAGCCAGGUCUUCCAAUACUGAUGACAUUAGCUGAUGCUGUGCUGAAGGAACCUAGCAUGCAAGUGGCAAGUUUUAUCUACUCUCACCUGAGAGCCCUGGGUAGAAGCACAGCUCCAGAUCUUCAAGUGAUGGCUUCUGCCUGCAGAAUGGCUAUCAGAGUAUUAAGUCCCAAAUUCGACAGAUCCGGAUAUCAGUUCAGCAAGGUUUUCCGCUUCAGUAUGUUUAAAGAGUUCCUUAUGACUGGACUGGCAGCUAAAUAUUUGGUACUGAAUAAUGCGGGCAGCUUAAUUCCAACAAUGACAAUGUCCCAGCUGCGGACACAUUUCCUUGGAAGAGUGGCUGAUCCCUUGGAGGUGGGAAUAACGGUUGAAGGACUGCAGGAGAUGUUUGCUAAAGGUUACUCUGCUGACGGGGACUGGGAGACUGACUAUGACUUCAAGGAAAUCCUGAAGACGCUCUCUGACUGGAAGGCAUUAUCCAGAGACAAACCUUUUGCAUCGGGCUACUUGAAAAUGUUUGGCCAAGAGUUGUUCUUUGGUGGACUCGACAAAAAUGCCAUCCAAAACUCAUUGCAGGCAUGGUACGGACCUGAUGAAAAAAUCCCUUCAAUAAGGAGAAUAAUCAGUAGCCUUCAAAGUGGUAUAGGGAGGCAGUGGACCAAGGCUUUAUUGUCCUCUGAGAUCCGUCGUAUCGUGCCCACCUGCACUGGGUUCCCAACAGAGACCAGCUUCUAUUACUCUUCUAUCACAAAAGUGUCAGGAAAUGUUCAAGCACUGAUUACACCUUCUCCAAAGUCUGAUUUCAGACUGACUGAGUUACUAAAUGCCAACAUUAGGCUGCGAUCCAAAAUCAGUCUAAGCAUGGCUAAGCAAAUGACCUUUGUAAUGGGGAUCAACACACACAUGAUCCAGGCAGGGCUAGAAGCACACACGAAAAUGAUUGCGCAUGUACCUGUGAAUGUUGUUGCCGCUGUCCAUAUGAAGGAAAAAAAUAUCAAAAUUGAAAUUCCACCAUGUAAAGAUGAGACUAAUGUAAUUGCUAUAAGGUCUAAGACAUUUGCUGUUACACGAAAUAUUGGGGAUUUGGCUGCUAGUAAGAUGACUCCAGUUCUUCUGCCUGAAGCAGUGCCUGACAUAAUGAAGAUGUCCUUCGAUUCAGAUUCUGCAUCAGGCGAGACUGAUACCAUUAGGGACAGACAGCUUGCAGAAGAUGUUUCAUCAGGAAAUUCCUUUUCCUUUGGACAGUCUUCUUCCCAAAAAGAGCCAUUUGUUCAGUCCACGUGCUCCAAUGCAAGUACAUUUGGGUUUCAAGUGUGCAUUGAGAGGAAAAGCGUACAUGCAGCAUUUAUCAAAAAUGUGCCUCUUUAUUACCUAGUUGGAGAGCAUGCCAUUAGAAUGAGCCUCAAGCCAGUUUACACAGAGGCACCUAUUGAAAAAAUACAAGUCACAAUUCAAGCAGGAGACCAGGCUCCUACAAAAAUGGUACGUUUGGUAACAUUUGAAGAUCCAGACGCACAAGUAUCUUCCAGAAAAGAAGUAAUUAAAAGAGUGAAGAAAAUUCUUGAGGAUACUGAUUAUCAGGGGACAAGAAAAUCCAGAGCCUCAUCAUCCAGUUCCAGCAGCACCAGUGGAAGUGUCGAGAGUACAACGAGCAGCCCCUCCAGCAGCGACUCUGACAACAGAGCAUCACAGGGAGGCACCCAGAUAAAUCUGAAAACAAGACAGUCCAAAGCCAAAGGAAAGAAAUUCUAUCCCUUUGGGGACAGCGGUGGCAGCAGCAGCAGCAGUGGCAGUAGCAGCAGCAGUAGUAGUAGUAGUAGUAGUAGCAAAAGUAGUAGUAGUAGUAGCAAAAGCAGUAGUAAUAGUAGCAAAAGCAGUAGUAGUAACAGCAGCAGUAGCAGCAAAAGGAGUAGCAGUAGUAGCAGCAGCAAGGGCAGCAGUAGCAGUAGCAAGGACAGCAAUAGUAGUAGCAGUAGUAGCAGCAAAAGCAGGAGUAGCAGCAGCAGCAGCAGUAGCAGCAUAGGUAGCAGCAACAGCAGCAGUAGCAAAGCAUCUGGUGUGAAGCAUAAGGCUAAGAAGCAGUCCAAGACCACAUCAAUUCCACAUGCCAGCGCUGCUGAAGGAGACAGAAGAGUCCGUGAGCAGAAGCAUAAAACACAGAAGAGCAGCAGUAGCAGCAGAAGCACCAGCAGUGGCACCAGCAGCAGCAGAGAAAGCAUUGGUGUUUCCCAUCACCGCAGCAAAUAUGACAGACAAGCUGAGCCAAAACAUGGCAAGUCCCAAACUAACAGUGACAGUAGUCGCGACAUUUCUACAGCACGGGAAUAUCACCUUCCAAAAGUAUAUCGGCUCCAUUUCAGAUCUGCUCAUGUCCAUCGGCAUCCAGAUUGGAAGAUAUCAAGCAGCUCAUCAUCAUCUUCCUCUCAGUCAGGAAGCAGCCACAGCAACAGCAGCAUCAGCAGCAGUGGCCAUGGCACCAGCAGCAGGAGCAGUCGCCCAAGUAGCAGCAGCAGCAGGAGCAGUCGCCCAAGUAGCAGCAGCAGCAGUAGCAGCAGCCAUCACCACCAAGAAGCCACUGGCCACGGCUCAAGGAGGAGCCAUGUGAGCAGAGGAGUCAGAGUUCACCACAGCCAUGGCUCCAGCCUGACGCGCGAGCGCAACUUCCUGGGAGAUGUAAUUCCACCUGGCAUUACGAUUGUGGCACAGGCAGUAAGGAGUGACAACAGAAAUCAAGGUUAUCAAGCUACAACAUAUGUUCAUUCUGAUGCUGCCAAAGUUGAUGUGCAACUAGUUGUGGUUCAGCUGGCUGAAACCAAUUGGAAAGCAUGUGCUGAUGCUGUAAUACUGCCUCUGAAAGCACAGGCCAGACUGAGAUGGGGCAAGGAGUGCCGGGACUACAGGAUAGCAGCCACAGCUACCACAGGCCAGCUGGCGAGGAAGCCGGCUGUGCAGCUGAAGGUGCAAUGGGGAAACCUUCCAGCCUGGAUAAAAAAGACAAGCACAGCGUUCAUGCAAUACGUUCCUGGUGCAGCACUCGUGUUGGGCUUCUCAGAGGCACAUCAGAGAAAUCCAUCUCAUGAAUUUAUAGUAAGGGUAGCUGCAACAUCUCCACGAACAAUUGAUGCAGUAAUUAAAGCUCCUGGGGUAACACUUUACUGUCAGGCACUCCGGAUGCCAUUCACUCUGCCCUUAGGCCCAUCUCCAACUUAUGAGACUCGAGAUAUCACUGCCUGGAAUUUAUUACCUGAAAUAGUUUCGCAAAUAGCACAAGAAGAUCAAUCCACAUGUGAAGUCAGCGAGGGAGAUUUCAAAACAUUCGAUCACGUGAGCCGUACAUAUUCUUUCAAUAAAAGCUGCAACCUGAUAGUGGCCCAGGAUUGUACUGAACACCCAAAAUUCAUCAUUACUACAAGAAAGGUUGAUCCUCAGUCUUUCUCAAGAGAGGUUCACAUAAAUACAACCUCAGUGAACAUCACAAUCUGUCCUGCCACAAAUUCAUCUCUCCUUGUGGCAUACAAUGAAGAACCAGUUUUAUCACACACUGGAGUUUCUGAGUAUGAAAAAGACAAUGUUAAAGUUUAUAAAAAUGGAACAACAGUUAUUGUGGAAGCUCCAGCACAUGGACUGAAGAAUGUGACUUUUGAUGGUGUGAUCCUUAAGCUUACUGUUGCUUCAUGGAUGAGAGGAAAGACCUGUGGAGUUUGUGGAAAUAAUGACAGAGAAAAGCACAAUGAACUCCUAAUGCCAAAUCAUAAGCUGGCACACAGCUGUUCUGCUUUUGUUCAUUCAUGGAUUUUGCUAGAAGAAACUUGCUCUGGUGGGUGCAAACUGCAGCGCAGUUAUGUGAAGCUGAAUCGAAAUCCUACUAUUGAUGGAGAGGAAUCUACGUGCUACUCUGUUGACCCAGUACUGAAAUGUAUGAAAGACUGUACUCCAAUCGAAAAAACCUCAGUUAAGGUUGGCUUCCACUGUUUCCCAAAAGAUACUGCUGUAAGCCUGCUGGAAUGGCAGAGAAGCAGAGAUAAGAAAUCUGCAUCUGAGGAUGUUGUGGAGUCUGUGGAUGCAGACGUUGAUUGUACCUGCACUGGUGACUGUAGUUAAGCUAAAUGCUUUAGGGUUGUGCUAUAGGCAUACUGUAAAAAUAAUUGAAUAGCUGGACAGAUAAAAAGUGAACACAAUAGCUGUAGUAAAAUAUUAAGAAAUGUGCUUGAAGAAAAUAAGCCUACUGCAUUGCAUCCAAAGUCAAAUGCAUUAUGUACAGUCUGCACUGCUUAGUAAAUAUGUUGUUCAUUAAA